CUCUACAGUAGUGCCCGUUCGCUUUCGGAUUCGGCGACACGAUGCGCGAGAUUGCACGGGAGAGAGACUUGUUGUUCGCGCGCUAUAUUUAGUGCGGCUCGCCUAGCCCAUGUCGUCCAUUCGUGUCGUUCUAGGCCGGCUACGAUGGAGGCGAGGAUCAAAGAAGCGUUGAAAACGAAGAAACUUCGCGCUACCGGCCGCGGAGGCAGCGGCUGCAUCAACGAAGGCGAGGCGUACGAAACCGACGAUGGCGAAGUGUUUAUUAAGAGAAACUCCAAGCCGCAGGCACGUACGAUGUUCGAUGGCGAGUUCGCAGCCUUGAAAGCUAUACUAGAGACGGAGACCGUGAAAGUUCCGAAGCCGUACGUCGUGGUUGACAACCCUUCCGGCGGUGCGGCCCUGGUUAUGGAGAGCGUGCGGAUGCGCCAAUUGAACCGCCACUCGGAGCUCCUGGGCAAGCAGCUGGCAAGCAUGCAUUUGCACAACAGCCGCAAACGGGACGAGGGAAGCUCGGUGCACGGCGCCCGGAACGAGUCUGGCUACGUGGACCAGUUUGGCUUUGAUGUCACCACCUGCUGUGGGUACCUGCCGUUGGAUAAUAGCUGGCACGAUGACUGGGUGGAAUUCUUUUGCCGGCAGCGCAUUGACGCCCAGGUGCGAAUGGCUCAGGAGAAGUACCACGACCGUGAGGCACCGGAACUGUGGUCUCUGCUGGUUCACAAGGUGCCGUCAUUCUUUGAGGGCAUGGAAAUUGAGCCCGCCCUCAUUCACGGUGACCUCUGGGGCGGCAAUGUGGCCGAAUACGAGGACGGACCGAUUAUAUUUGAUCCAGCAUCGUAUUAUGGGCACGCAGAGUUUGAGCUGUCCAUAGCGAAACUGUUUGGGGGCUUUGAUGGCAAGUUCUACUCGGCGUACUUCAAGGUUAUACCCAAGGCGGCGGGCUUUGAGAAGAGGCUUGACUUCUACCACCUCUUCCACUACCUCAACCACUGGAACCAUUUUGGUGGCGGAUACCGCAGCUCUUCUCUAUCCACGAUGAGGCGCCUCCUGAAGUAAGACCGUGGCAUCGCUCUACGCCAAAGCGUCACAGGCAAUGCCUCUCGUCGUUGUUGUCAUCAUUGUUGCCACUGAUGUUGUUGCUGUUGUGACUGUCGCGUUGUUGUCGGCCUACGUUGUGCCAAUGUUUGUUGAAUGUUGCUAUACCAGUGUCUUUCCGGUGGAUGCGCCACAGCUGUACGAACGACUCUGGGUGGCAUGCUAAAAAAACUGAAACUGUAGCAAAGAGUAUGCGGACCAAGCAAGGAAGGAAUGAUGCAGCUUAAAUCUUGCAUGCUUGCCAGCUUAUACAGAUUUUUUGUAAAACAUUCGCUCUUUGGGGAGCUUGGUUACGAUUGUUGUAACGACAUUAUAAGCACUAAAAAUUGUUUUAUUUGUGCUCACUUGAAAAAUACAAAUUUCGAAAGACUGCAAGUACCGCUGCUGAUUUUUCAGACCUGCUUAGUCAUUCAGACCUACCCGCAUCAACAUCCACUUCAUAGAAACAAUGCGCAACGGUUACCAAAAUUUUUUGACCAUCAUCACACAAAUUAAUCCCGUUAUUUUGAGACAGCAUAGCACUGCACAUUUUUGGCAGCUACGAGUGCACUGUCUCUAUAGAACAAAGUGUGAAUUUUUUAAACA